AACUUUACACAUCUGUAGUAAAGUUGACCAAGAGGCCACUCCCCACACAGUCAAUGCUCCUCACUAGCACGGGGAAGAAGAAAAAUAAGAAACUUAGAGCCCCGCAGAUCUUAUACUAUUACUCGGCGAGUGUUUUUAAUGUUUAUUUGGCGUGGAAACGUAGCCGAUGAUCUUGUGUAAAAAUCCACAUUGUAGGGAUCGGAUUUAUCUUUUGGAACUAUCCAAAACACAUUAGGCUACCGUGAAAAUGGGAAGCUUCAUCUGAGCAAGGCUUGUUCACCGUAUUUGGGAUGGUGGUUUUGUAGCACCCCAGGUUCCUGUAAAUACUCCAAAGAAGAUAUUUGGUCAGAGUGCAGUGUCAGUGGAGAACCAGCCAACCAUGGGUCCCCUCACUACACCUAAAAAAGGAAGAGAAGCAGGUUCUGUUGACCCCUGGACGCCGACUUCUAACCUCAAAAUGCUCAUCAGUGCUGCUAGUCCUGACAUCAGGAACAGAGAGAAAGAGCUCUGCCUGGACAAUGACGGGCGGGAAGGUCUCGACCCUUCACAGGACACUGAAAAUGGAGAAGAAUCAGAGAAAAUGAUCAGCAGGAAAGAGAAGAGUCUGGGUUUGCUCUGUCAUAAAUUCCUCGCCCGCUACCCAGAUUGCCCAAACCCUGCCCUAAACAACGACAUCUGUCUGGAUGACGUGGCCACUGAGCUCAGCGUGGAACGCCGGCGCAUCUACGACAUCAUGAACGUGCUGGAGAGUCUUCACAUGGUGAGCCGCUCAGCCAAGAACCGCUACACAUGGCACGGACGGACCAAACUGGCGCAGACUCUGGCCAUUUUGAAGCAGGUGGGCGAGGAGCACAGGUACUGCCAGCAGAUGCUGCACAUCCGGCAGCGCCUCGUGGACAAGGAGUUUGACUUUGACGGGGAGGAGAAGGAGAACGAAGAGGUGGUGGAGCUGGAGAACGGGGAUCAAGGACAGAAGGAACUUUUCUUUGUGGAGCUUCCAGGAGUAGAGUUCAAAGCAGCCUCUGUUAACAGUCGGAAGGACAAAUCUCUGAGGGUGAUGAGCCAGAAGUUUGUCAUGCUGUUCCUGGUGUCUACUCCUCGCGUGGUCAGUCUAGACGUGGCUGCCAAGAUCCUGAUCGGAGAGGACCAGGGUGCAGAUCAAGACAAGAACAAGUUCAAGACCAAAGUGCGCCGGCUGUAUGAUAUAGCUAAUGUGCUGCGGAGCCUGAAGCUCAUCGAGAAAGUCCACGUGACAGAAGAGCGGGGGAGGAAACCGGCCUUUGAAUGGGUUGGCCCCAAAGAAUUCCCACAAGUCAAAGACUUGGAGCGCUCCACGUCUGAAUAUUUAUUCAACAAGAAAAGUGUACUGGAGUCCCGUGCAUCUGUGGACAACUGUGCCAAAAACCUAUUUCCAGCAUCUGGGGCAAAACGCAGGUUCACCCGACACCCCUCCCUCAUUAAGCUGGCCAAAAGCAUUCAUGACGACCGCCGAAAGAUCAACUCUGCCCCCAGCAGUCCUGUCAAAAGUGCCCCCAGCGAUUCAUCAAACACCGACUUCCCAAACAAAAUGGCCCAACUUGCUGCCAUUUGUCAGAUUGAGCUUGACCAGGAGUCGGGGACCGGCGCCAAGGAUCCAAAGCCUGCUGCUGCUGAGGCAGACAAUGCUGCUUUGAAGCUUGAGCAAAUCUCCUCUGUUUCUAUGGAGCCGCCACACACACCGUUACUAACUCCAACCCAGGAGCAUAGAGCCAACACUACUAUCCACCUCACCCCCAACACGCCGCUGGCAGGCCUGCCCGCGGGCUCUGUUACCUUCAUCCCUGCACAGUACUCAUCCCUGAUCCCCGUCCUUUUACCUCAGCAGCGGGGGAGCGGGCCCUACGCCGUGUAUUUGCACCCUUCUUCCCCCAGACCAAACCCUCUGGCCAGGCCGCAGCCAACCAGCCUCGCUGUGCGCUCUAUGACCUUUGAGGACAGGACUGGGCAGAGCCCAACGGGCCAGGAUGCAGUUGGGAGCCUGCCGGCCCUCAGGGCGUCAGACGUCAGCCCCUUGGCGCUCAAACGGUUGUGUUCAGAGUCGGCCUUAGAGAGCAGCCCCGCCAAAGCCAAGAGGACCAACCCCAACUUUAAGGACACCUCUCCAAAGCUGUGUGAGAUCCUGCAGGCCCGUCUGAAGGCCCGUCGCGGUUGUCAGCUCUCAAGCCGGCCCUCGCCUCGCGCCCUCCACCUGGACCCAGAGUUUGUCAACACUCCCGGCGGUGCAGUAGCCAACCAGACACUAGAGCAGAGCUUGGAAACCUUCCUGGACAGAGAGGACAAGACAGCGUCGUCAGACAGCGAGGCCGGCUUAACACCAGUUAGAGUCGUACCCAUCCACACCGAGACUUUAGUACCGGCCGGAUACCUGAUCCCAAUCUCCCAGCAGUCCCUUAUGGGCUACAGGGAAAGUCAAGGUUCAGGGAGAGAAGGCAACAAUGCUGCAACGCCCACUUACAACAUCUACCAAACACCAACUGCAGGCUCCAGGCCUGUCCUAGCCCAGGAGAUUACACCCACCGGCCUUCGUCUUCACAAACCCGCUGCUGCUGCCUCCUCGCCUUACAACAACCAGCAAGACCACCGCCUCCACAGCCCCAGUCCGGCUAUCCUCAACUUCACCCUGCAGAACCUGGGUCUGAUCUCAGGCUCCAGCCCAGGAAACGCCUUCGCUACCCCCCAGACUCCAGAGUGUGUCAACACAAUGCCCAGCCCGCUGGCUCUGCAGCAGAGAGGCAUGGUUUUCAUUAAACCUGGGUCCCCUGUGCCUCUCCAGCAGUCUGUAUCAGGGCAACCAAUGACCCUGCUCGGUCUACAACAGCCUCUGAUGACCACCCCCAAAGGGACAGGGCUUCCCCAGCACAGCUUUUUCCACACGCCGGGCCCCCUCUCACCUCUGGCUGCCAUGGUAAACACUGGUGCACACCUGGCCCCUAAAACUGUUUACAUCCCUCAGAGGAAGCUGGACGUUGCCACUGAGGACUCCUGAAAUCUCUGCAGGAAACCCUCUGAUGGUUGUGUACAUAUUGUGUGUGUGUGUGUGUGUAUGUAUGGGUGUUGAUGGCUGUCUUUUUAUUUGGUGUCUGGUUAACAUUUUACAUUAUUACCUCUGAGCGAUUCACAGCGGCCUGACAUUCUUGUCACAGCCUGCUCUAAAAUUAGCUGCCAUGCGGGCUUCGGCUCUGGUCCCAGUGGAGAGAUUUCAAGUUCACCAGAUCCUCAUGAACUCUAUUUUCUGGCACAUUGUGAUGCUGUUUUUCCCAAGACUCAAUUUGCAUAAUCUUUUUGUGUAAUUUUAUUAUUUUAAUUGUUUAUUUUAGUUAUUUCUGCAAAUGUGGGUAAUUUGAACACUGAUUUAUUUUCUUUAAAUUACCGAAAGUAGUU